ACGAGGUCAAAACACAAUUUUCAGAAACACUACAUUACUCCCCUUCUCUCUACUCUGAAAAAAAAACCUAAAAGAAUUCUACUCUACAGCCGUCAUUCAGCCCCUGCCGCCUGCCACCCUCACCGUCACUGCCUGCCUCCGGUGGCCCAGACGCUGCUGUCUGGCGCUGCUCAUGCUCGCUCCUGCUCACGCCUCACUUCCUUAGUCGAAAGUCGAGGGUCGACUGUCCUCUACUCUCUUUACAAAAACCCUAAAAAUCAAAAUUUUGAUUUUUUUAGGGUGAAAGUGCUAUGCAUAAGGGAUUAUGAAAGCGCGCUUUUUCGGAGGGUGGGAGGAGGCUUUUAUAUCAUAAUGUUACCUUUUCUCUUCUAAAUUUUGACUUAUCUCAAUGAUCAAAGGCUUUGAAUGUUUUAGGAGAUAAGAUUCUUGCUUUCUUUAGAAACUUCUAUGUGCUUAUAAGGAACAUAAAUAGGUGUAAUGUUGUGAUUAUCUAUUUCUUUGACUAAAUUAAUAUUUGUUUAUUUAGUGAAGCUUUUGGAUUGGGGAGAAGAUGGCAUGACUACUGCUAAAGAUUCUGCUUCAUUGCGACAACGAGAAUGUAAUAUUUAACUUCAAAAUUUUUCCUGAUUGACUUCCUUUUCUUUAACAAUGAAGAAAUUUGGCACAAUUGGAAUUCCAAUGCACAUAUCCUCUUUUAAUUACUCUGAUUAUUUUCGUAGCAGUUGCUUGUCAUCAAUUUCUCCCUUUUCUAUAAUCCCCAAAAUCCUAAAUUUUUGUCCUGUGUAUCCCAGUUCUAUGCCCAUAAAAAGGACUAUGAAUAUAAAAAAUUUUGCUUGUUUCUCAUCUUCUGUUGUUGAUAAUUCAAAUACGACUUUGUCUUCUAUCGAUGCUCCUCUGCAUAUUAAGCCAAAGCCGAAGCCUUGGCUUCUUGUUAGGCUCGGAUAUCCUGGGAAAAAGUUCAACGCCACUCGCCAUAAUGUUGGAUUUAAGAUGGUGGACGCCAUAGCAGAAGCGGAGGGGAUUUCUAUGAAUAGUGUUUCUUUUAAAGCUUCGUUUGGGAAAGGUCAUAUUGGUAAUGUUCCUGUUAUCCUUUCCAAGCCGCAAACAUUUAUGAAUGUCAGUUGUGAGUCUGUUGGUCCUAUGGUUUCGUAUUAUAAGAUCCCACUAAAUCAAGUGCUAGUGAUUUAUGAUGAUUUGGAUUUGCCUUUUGCAAAAUUGCGUUUGUUACCCAAAGGUGGUCAUGGCGGACACAAUGGGAUGAGGAGUAUUAUUGAUCAUUUCAAAGGAAGCUGUGACUUUCCACGUUUACGAAUAGGAAUUGGUCGCCCUCCUGGAAAGAUGGACUGUGCAACUUUUGUUCGUCGUCAAUUUAGUAAACAAGAACGGGAAGAGUUGGAUCUGACGUUACAAUUUGGAUUGGAGGCAGUGCGGAUACUGUUGCUACAAGGUAUUAAUAAGAGCGCAAAAUUUGUGAACAGUGCAAAGCGCCUGGAACAACUUGGCUGAAACUAUACUUCUCCGUCAUGGGUUUAUGUACCAUUCAUCGAAGGGUUCACUUGUUAACUAGGUCUAUUUUCUAGUGUAUUCAUAUUCUUUCAAAUUAGAUGUUGAUGGCCGUCAACUUGCACCAAAUCAUUCUUUUUAAAAGAGAAGAAAUUCCAGAGAAAUCAGAGUUAUAUUUGCAUCAAUUAAAAGAAGUGUAAUUUUUCUUUUGCGGACUUGUCAUCUACUCCCAAAUUAGUUUUAACAUGCAUAUUUUUUAAUCAAGUUAUGCAGUUUAAACUUAA